UUCCACAAUCACGUGAUGUAAACAGCAUCAGUUCUCCUGAAAUCACCACUGACACUGUCGCAUGUGCUCAAAAUGUCCACAGACAACAAUAAUAAUUUGCAAAGUUUUAAACUGGAGGCAAAAGGGAGAGGGAGCAUUCUGCAAGAAGCGAGAAGAUUUAUAAGCAUGAGAUCUCCGGAAAAAGAGAUGAAAAUACAAGCAGCCAAUGAAUGUAUCUGCAAGAGGAAACUAAUGGGAAUACUAUGUCGGUCUUGUGGAGGUGUGUUUAGAGGGAGAGUCAGACAAAUCUGUGUGUAUCAUCCUACCAGUAGAUACUUAAUGGACUAUGAGGUCUGUCCAUCCUGUAAAGCAACACAACUGACAGAAUUUGAAGAGACGAUUCCCAGUUCUGACAUGGAGUGUGAAAAGGAGAGAAACGCUUAAAUUCCAUUUUAAUGUUUUAAAAUUGUGAUAAAAAACACCCAGUGCCAAAGAUAUUGGAAGUGAUUGCAUACAUUGUGUGCUGCUAUAUGCUGAAGAGAUGUUUAUGCUUUGACCAGGGGAUGUCAACUGAGAUAUCAAUUAUUCCAUGUAUAUAUUUGUGGUUUUUUUUUUAUGUUUUCUUAAAACUUGAUCUUAAAAUGCCACUUUUAACCCUUUUAUGUUAUAAGUAGCUUUCUCAAGUUAUAAGCAUUGUGAAUAUUCAUGUACAUGAUAAAUUGUUAAAGUUUUAAAAAAAAGUAUUUUUAGAGGCAUACAAUACAGUUACAGGGGACGUUAAAGUCAUAAGAAACAAGUGACCGGUGAAAAAUAAUGUUCUUAUAAUUCUUGAACUAAUGCAUACAAACAAAAUAAACUUAGUCUUCUGUGCACGAAUUUAUUAUUUUUUUCGUGUAAAUUUCGUAUAAUCGUCAAUUUUUUUUUCAAUCGGUCAGUGUUGUUGUGAAAAUAUGGCAGGUAAUUAAAGUUCGUGUUUUGAAGCCGGAGUUUAACGAUGGUCACCUGUUUGUCAACAAUCGACAAAAAAUAAACAAAAAAGCAUGGAAGAGAGCACGUGUUAAACAUGUAAAUUCAGAUAAUAAUUUAUUUUAAGGACAUCCAUGCAUAUUGUGACCACCGGAUUUUUACGAGAUGGGUCACACUGAGGUCACUUUGCAUACGGAAAAUAUGUCG